ACUGCUCAUCUCCAUCCACUCCCACAACCUUGUACACUUUCCAAGAAUGACUUCCCAAACUACAAACAUAGCAUGGACAGUUCCUGCCACCGCCUCCGCCGUCACUGAUCUUAUCAAACAAUCCAAACCCGUGCCCACACCUGGACCAAAGCAAGUUCUAGUCCAACUAACAGCUGCUGCCCUCAACUACAGAGACCUCUUAAUCAGUAUUCGAUCUCCUCAGUAUCCCGGCAACCACAAAGCGGACCUCGUGCCUGGUGCCGACGGCGCAGGUAUAAUCUGCUCUGUGGGAGAAGAAAGUAAAUGGGGAGGCAGCGAGGGCCUAGCGGUGCUGUUGCAUCCCAACAACUGGAUAUCUGGCGACGUACAAGCGCUGUCUUUCGAGACCAUUUUAGGCGGCACGAGUAAAGACGGUACAUUGCAGCACUAUCUGGCUGUGGAUGAUGAGUGUAUUGUUGAGGCGCCGAAGAGCCUUUCUGCUACUGAGAGCGCGAGUCUUGUCACUGCCGGAGCUACGGCGUGGGCGGCGAUUAGAGAAAGCUUGGAUAUGACAUUGAAGGGGAGGACGGUGCUUACUAUGGGAACAGGCGGGGUUAGUUGUUUUGGGAUACAGAUUGCAGCCGCGCUCGGGGCUACUGUCAUUGCCACUUCGUCUUCAGACAGUAAAUUGGACUUUGCCAUGUCCCUUGGUGCAACACAUGUUGUCAACUACUCAAAGACACCAGAUUGGGAUCAAGAAGUACUACGAAUUACGGCCGGAAGGGGCGUUGAUCACGUCAUCGAGACUGGCGGUGCUGGCACGUUGAUGAAGUCCAUCAACAGCACACGAACAGGGGGCUUGAUCAGCCUUCUUGGUGCUCUAACGCCUGAUGCGCCAAUCGAUACAGCUUUUGUACCAAGCGUGCUGUUUGGUGGUAAAUUUGUGAAAGGAUGUGUGGCCUUUAGUCGCGACCUCGUCGCCGAGCUGGCAAGCUUCGUCGAAGCGAACAGUAUCAAGCCGGUAAUUGCGCAUGAGUUUGGGUUUGAGCAUUUAGUGGAGGCUUUUGAAGCGUUGCAGAAGCAGCAGGCCGUAGGGAAGAUCGCUGUGAAGAUUACCUAGUUAAGCGUAGGUUGACCCAAGUAUUAUCUUCUGCGAAUCCUGAUUUGGGAUCUGUUCAUGGUGUUCGUGAACACUAAUAUCAGCCACUCAAAUCCGGGACAUGACC